UUUUUGACCACUAUGCCGUGGUGGCGCUGUCCAAUCUCAUGUCCGGGAGUGACACGCCCCCCUCCUUGCUUGGAUUCAGAAGAAGGCAACUUUCCGGCUUUUCGACUGAGAUUUUUAGGAGAAAUUACCGGCGUUACGCGGAGAAGGGGAAACAUAUCAAAGAAAAGCGAUAUCUUCACAUCCAUCCUUCUUCAUUUUAUUAGGUCAAAAUGAAGAAGACCAUUUUUUAUCCAGGGAGACGAAGUGUGGUUUUCCGCAAGGGGCCUCUUGGCUUCCUUCUUCAGGAUCCCUCUCCUGAGGCCAAGAAGAUAAAAAAUAAUCCCAGUCUGUGGGACAAGUCUGAGCCUAAGAGAGAGGAUGUUGUGCGGCAGAAUGCUUUGACUGUGGUCCGGGAAAGAGGAGGGGAUGUCACAGAUGUGUCAGAGGUCCUGGGAGAUUACAGCCUCCAAUUUGGAAAGUACAAAGGGAAGUGUUUCCGAUGGCUCUUGGAAAAUGAUGCAGGUUACACUUUGUACCUCAUCAGAAACCUCCAGAAGGAGGAGGAAGCUGGGAUCUGUAUAACUGAGAGCCUUAGCAAAGUCAACCUGUUAACUUUUGUUAAAUAUGCUCUCAGUUUUAAAGAGAUUAAAGAUGCCCUGGACUAUGAAGCCAGCAAAAUUACAGCAGCCUCUUCUGAAGAUGACCAGCUGGUUGGUUUUGGCUCUCGGGCCAAGAGCACUUGGAAAGAAAUUUGGGAUGGAAGAGAAGAUGGCUAUGCUGAUUUCAUACUGAAGAGCUGCCUUCAUGGGACCAGGAUGCAGAAGCUGCAGCAGUACCUGCUCAAGAAACAACAGUCCUCCUCCAGUCAAACCAACACACCAUCCGGUGAACCAGAUAAAUGUCUGGUGAUGGAGGAGGACGAAGGAUUGGAGGCUGCAAUGCUAAACAUCUCACCCUCUAAAAUCUUGAGCAUGUCAGGGUCAGCGGACACAGAGAGAACCCCCGUGUCAAAAGCAUCUUCAAGAGCAAAGACAGGUUUUCCUUCAAAUCGGAGGUUUCAGAACUGGAGUGUUAUUCUCUAAUAUGAUGAAUAACCCUCCAACCCUGAGCCUUGACCAUGUUCUUGUGUUCUGGCCACGUUCCGGUCAAGUUCCUGUUACAAUAUCGCUGUUUGCGACCGUUACUCUGCAUGUCAAAGGACUAUGAAUUGAUGGAGAUGCUGGUGAGUAUAUAUUUCAAUUCUGCAUGCUUACCUUUUUUUUUUUUUUUUUUUUGUUACUAACAGCAUGUUUAUUUAAGUGCUGUUGUUCCUCCUGCUAAAGCUAACAGUCAAGUGUUCAAUUUGUAGUCUGUUUUGUUUCCCACAUUUGGAAAUGACCUUCUAAAUAUUUUUAGAAGUCUGAUGAGCAGAAGGAAUAAAAGUACAACUUUUUGAGUUUUCACCAACGCCAUCUGUUGAGUUCAGUUGUGAUUUACACAGUGACUGAUAUAUUCUCUUCAUUUAGGACCAACUGCAACGGUAUCCAGGCCUUCUGACGCAUCAGUCCUGGCAAUCACACAAAAAAUGCCGGUGGCCCUUCCAUCACAGCUGUCAUUUAUGGUGAAGGAAACAGCAAGUGCAAAAGAAUCAGAGGUUAAAGAUUCCAGUCCAAGUGCAGCUUCAACCUCUGCACAGAGAGUCCUUUCCUUUGCAGACAGUGCUGAAGACACUUCCUCAGCUCAGCCACCUUUUGAUGUGCCCGUGAUUCAGCAUGAUCAUGACAUGAACAGCUGGAACUGUUCUCAGCACCAGAAACUGUGGAUGAGGACAGAGCUCCAAGAUCUUGGGCUGUGGCCUGGGUCUCGUCCUGUGAGAAAUGUUGGCAAUGCAAUUUCCCUCUGGCGUCAUCCUCCGCAGCCUGAGCUCAUUGACACAGUGGCUGAGCUCCCGUCGCCCAACUUUUUUCAGCUUCACCCAUUCUUCAUUUGGAAACCUGAAAAUGAAAUAAUGUCAAGGCUGAAAAAUAAUUACAACCUCCCAUGCCUUCAUGGAUGUCCUCAACCACAAGUUGUUUCCGCUGGCGUGGGCCGACCUCGGGUGAUUGUUGGGACCAGUGGGCAAUAUUACAUCCUGUCGUCAAGACUUUGCUGUAAGUCUUGUCGGAAGACCUGGUUUGCCGACAGUCCUCGUUGGCUGGAGAAGCUGCCCAGAAGAUUCACCAACCUGCUCCCUGCAUUUCUCACUUACAAGAAGGCCAUCUGUAAGUCAAUCGUGGAUGAACUCAGACGCACCGGAAAGUCACCUGCAGAUAUGGCCAAGCAAGUGAAUGAGCUCAUGCAUCUCAAAUAUGAACGAGCUCAUUUAGCUUAUCUGCAGGCCAUUGAGAGCGUCUGGGAUGCAGAGGCAGGGGUACAGGGACAGAGGACCAUUGGGCAGUUUUUCAGAAAAAGCCACACACCCUUUCCAUUCAACUCCUAUGAGGACCCAAAUGGCUGGUGUGGUGUCUCUGUGUCUGCCUUCUACCUCACAGACUGUUUGCUAGAGGAGUACAGACGUCAAGAGCCAGCCUUGUCAAGACUCCUCCAAGGCACAUUUGGGCAGGUCUUCAGGUCCGAUCACACCAGGAAGGUGGCACGAAAGGUCACUUUAGCAUCUGGAACCAUGUCCAGCUAUGCAAUUAUGAAUGAAAACUGGUUAAUUGUCUCCUGGGUCAUGGUUCAGUCAGAGAGUGAAAAAUCCUUGGAACCAAUGUACCAGGGGAUGGCCAAGAGGUACGAUGACGCUGGAGUGGAGAAGGCAGGCUUCCACUGGGUGGACAGGGAUUGCUGUGCUUCUUUCAAGAUCGAAGAAUCCAUCCCUGGUGAGCAUUUAAACUGGGAUGCCUGGAGAACAACCCCUUCCAUCGUGUCUGCAGCUACUUCAGGACCCCUAACAAAUACCUGUGCCUCAAGUAGAUGAGGAGGAUUUGAAGAAGCUGAAGGAGGCCUAUGUGUCCUGUGGUAUUGUGCCUCCCAAUCCAACAAAACAACACAUCCGGGAGCACUGCAGGACCAA